CAACUUUAGCACGACACCGGUCUUUAAUACCAACAUUUUUAACGCUUGCCCUGUGUGUUGAUUGAUUUUUUUCCAGCAUUCCCUCAGCAAAUGGAUUUUUGCCACUGCAGCUCAGCAGAGGGUGUCAGAUCUUUCAGAGUGCACCAAGCUGGAACGAGCAGAGCCUCUUAGCAACUCACUUGUUCUCUUAGACACACACACAUACAUAUAUCUAUAUAUACAUGCACCGUGUGUACUGUAAUCAAGCGACAGAAUACUGAGAGAAGCAAAAUACGGAGAGCACAAGCCAAGAGAAGGAAACAAGAGGUGAAGAAAUGGACAGCAAAAAAACGCAGCGAUUGCGGAAAUUUUGCAGCGCCAUUGGCUUGACGAAGAGUGUUUAGGCUGGGGCGUGAUUUCAGCACCACGAAGCUGUGAACAGCUCACGCAGGGAACCGAGCUAUAUGUUCUGGGAAAGGUACAGUGACUGCUGGUGUCAGGCAAGGAGAAAGCCUCUGCUUUAAAUACGCAAAAGGGGGAGGAAAAGACAAGGUCGGUGUCUCAGGCAAACCGUGCCUCGCUAUUUCAGCCAUUCCUCUGUCUGUCUCUGUCUCUCUCCUUUUCUGUAGCAUGGCAUUGCUUAACAUUGGCAGUAUGCUUGUUACCACCACAAUUUGUAAAACCUGACAAAUACCCAUUCAGCAAUCACUGAUUAUUUCGGAUGUUUUCUGCUGCAUACGUGAUUCAUCCUACGUGACUCCAUCAUUUGUGGAUAUAUUAUUGACUACCGUCUGGGAUUAUUGCAGUGAAAGGGGAAAGGAAGCAUUGGGGGGGCUUGUGAUCUCUUAUUCCUUUUCGAUAUUGUAUGGCUGCUUCUUUUCUUUUUUAGGGAUCUAAAGAAAUCUCUGAUGGAGAUGGAUUGCUGAUACUUUGCAAUGAAAUCGGGGAUGAAUUGCUCUGUUUAAAAAUGCUGCUUUGGAUUCUGUUGCUGGAGAUAUCUCUUUGUUUUGCUGCUGGGAACGUUACCAGAGACGUUUGCAAAGAAAAGAUCUGUUCUUGUAACGAGGUAGAGGGAGAUCUGCACGUAGACUGUGAAAAAAAGGGAUUUUCGAACCUUCAGCAUUUCUCUGCUCCCACGUCUCAGUUCUACCAUUUGUUUCUGCAUGGGAAUUCUUUAACGAGGCUUUUCCCUAAUGAGUUUGCUAACUUUUACAAUGCAGUCAGUUUACACAUGGAGAACAAUGGCUUGCAUGAGAUUGUUCCUGGUGCCUUUCUGGGAUUGCAGCUGGUAAAACGUUUGCACAUUAAUAACAACAAGAUCAAGGCAUUCAGAAGGCAUACUUUCCUAGGAUUAGAUGAUCUGGAAUAUCUCCAGGCUGAUUUCAACCUGUUAAGAGACAUUGACCCAGGUGCUUUUAGGGACUUGAACAAGCUAGAGGUUUUAAUUUUAAAUGACAACCUCAUUAGCACAUUACCUACUAAUGUGUUCCAGUAUGUGCCGAUUACACAUUUGGAUCUCCGGGGAAACAGAGUUAAAACAUUACCCUAUGAGGGAGUCUUGGAACAGAUCCCAGGCAUAGCUGAAAUCCUUUUGGAAGAUAAUCCUUGGGACUGCAGUUGCGAUCUGUUAUCUCUUAAGGAGUGGCUAGAAAACAUCCCAAAGAAUGCAUUGAUCGGAAGAGUUAUUUGUGAAGCUCCCACUAGGUUGCAGGGUAACGAUUUAAAUGAGACCACAGAGCAAGAACUGUGUCCCUCAAAAAAUGCAGUAGAUUCCAGUUUGGCUGCCCCUCCUGCUCAAGAUGAAACCUGUGAUCCUGGUCCAAUCCCAACUCCUUUUAAAGUCAGUGGACAAGAGGAAUCUGCCACCCAGGGUUCCUCGGUUAUCGGAGGUACAAAGAUCCCAGGGAACUGGCAAAUUAAAACAAGACCUACAGCUGUAGUAUCAGAAAUAAAUUCAAAUUUUAAAGCCCCUCACAUCUUUGCCUGCCCAUCUUUCUGUAGUUGUGGUCAGCAAAUCCUUGGCCCAGGAUUAAAAGUUGACUGCAGCAACAAGAAUGUGAAGAGUUUAGCAGACUUGGAACCCAAACCACCCAAUGUACAGGAAUUGUUCCUGAGGGAGAACAAGAUCCACACCAUAAGAAGAUCACACUUUGUGGAUUAUGGAAAUUUAACUUUGCUGGACCUGGGAAACAACAACAUAGGUAUGGUUGAAAACAACACAUUUCAGAACUUAACGGACCUUCGCUGGUUGUACAUGGAUAAAAACUGUAUAGAUACUCUCAUGCCAGAUAAGUUUACUGGACUGCAGAGUCUGGAAUAUCUGAAUCUGGAAUUUAAUUUUAUUCAGUUGAUCCUCCCCAACACAUUCAAUCCAAUGCCAAACCUCAGGAUCUUAAUCCUAAACAAUAAUCUUCUCAAGUCACUACCUGUUGAUGUUUUUGCGGGUGUCAGUCUAUCAAAACUUAGUCUGCACAAUAAUUACUUUAUGUACCUUCCAGUGGCUGGAGUAUUGGAUCAGCUCACUUCUAUCAUACAGAUAGAUUUACAUGGCAACCAGUGGGACUGUUCCUGCAAUAAUGUGCCUUUCAAACAAUGGGCAGAACGUCUUGGCCCAGAGGUAAUUGUAAGUGAUCUCAAAUGUUAUUUCCCAGAGGAAUUUUGGGGAAAAGAUUUCAGAUUCCUUUCAAAUGACAUGAUGUGUCCAUUGCUAUAUGCAAAAUUGUCCCCAACAUUAAAUGCACUUAACAAAAACAGCACUGGCUUGACUGAGACCAACACUCACCCUAACUCCUACCUAGACACCAGCCGAGUAUCAAUUUCUGUGCUUGUACCAGGACUGUUGCUGGUAUUUGUUACAUCCGCCUUUACGGUAGUGGGCAUGCUAGUAUUUAUUCUAAGGAAUAGGAAAAGAUCUAAGAGAAGGGAUGCCAACUCAUCUGCGUCUGAAAUCAAUUCAUUGCAGACAGUAUGCGAUUCUUCUUACUGGCACAAUGGACCAUAUAAUGCAGAUGGCACCCAUAGAGUUUAUGAUUGUGGCUCCCAUUCCCUGUCAGACUGAUAUGUGAUGUUGUCUUAUAGGUGAUCCUGUGAGAGAAGGAGGGGAGUAAGGUGGAAUAAACAUCCCUGCACCCUAAACCUUUUACUUAUACAAAGGACACAAAUAUUGAUGUGCAUUGCUGUAACAUUUGCUACAAUUGUGCCAUUUCCAUCAGCUAGGAAUAAUUUCAAAGCUACCUUAUUGUGACUACAAAAAUUGACAUUGAGAAUGGAGCGUUCUAUAUCUGCCAGGUAGCCUGCUAUGCUAUCUGCAGCGUUUGAAGUGGAAAACUAUACAAUAUAUAACAGAAAAAAUAAUACAUGCACCAGAAAUGGAUGGUGUAACCAUCCUUAGUUUCAUGUGAGGAUAUUUAUAGGGGGUUGUUUUCAAGAAGGUUUAACGUCUGGAGCUGUUGGGGGGGCUAAACCAUGCAGCAUCUGCUGUCUGCUGUGUUGGUUCAGUUGGGUGAACGUUGCACAAUGGCAUGAAUGUAAUGUAAAUAAAUGACUCUAAUAUACCAAGUGCUGCAUGGCUCGCAUGGAUACAACGUACCCCUGGGGGGCGCUCAAUUGAACUGGAGAUCACGCCUGGGCAUACAAUCUCUCUGGGCCCCCAAAAGUCUCAUCUUCUCCAACUAUCUCUAUACAGUAUCGGUAUACAAAAAAAAAGUGCCAUUGCUCUAUCUUUUGUAAUGGAUAUACAAAGUGCAGUUCACACUUUUACUGUGAAAAGAAAAAAAAUCUAUUAUAAUGUUUAAUUUAAAACGUGUUUGCAUGAAUAUUCAC